AUGUCGCCCGCUACUAUAAAAACCAUCGACCUACUCACUGACGAAGAUUCGUCGCCUGAUACUGUACCCACCGAUCCUACCCAGCAGCAGUCUACUAAGGAAGAUCCACAAGCUCUGGAUGAUACUUCAGAUGACAGUCAGAAGUACCAAUAUGAUAUCAGAGGAUCAUACAGUUUUAGACAGACUGACUUCCUUCCUACACCUGUUGCAGGGUCUGAUGAUUGGGAAUUACAAAAAGCAAGAUUUACACCCGAUUUUUCCGUGGAUUUAUCCUUGGCUGAUGAUAGCGAUCAAAGAGCUCAACAGGAUACUAACACCGCUUACGAGAAAGCGUUAAGAAUUAAAUCGGAGUUAAAGUCCGGGUUGGACAAUUGGAAGGAAGGUGUAUUGCGUCGUCAGCCAUACCCGCAUUUCAUGGAUGAUCCGACACACACUCGAUUAGAAUCUAAAGGUGGCAUACCUUAUCUGGACCAGCCUUUGAAAACGAUCGACGUCAGUGCAGAUAUUGAUACCAUAACGAAAGCAAAGGAAGAAACGCAGAGGAGAUUCCACGGGCUGAUGACACACGAAAUGGAGUCGGUUGCGAGAAACAUUAAGAGUUAUUAUCCAGGCACUAUCGUGAAUACAAGCUUUCAACCUUUGGAAACUUAUCUCAGUCACGCUUCGACGACUCCCGAGAACAGACUCGUGCCGUUCGAUGAAAAAGUUUGGUAUGAUGCGCUUAAAUCCCGUUAUGAAGAGCUUAGGAAGCCUACUUUGCACCUCAUUUCAGGAGUGAGAGGUGGCUUCAUGCCUUCAAAGUCCGAAGAUGGCUCUUGGAGGAGAAUCCAGAACAAAUUUGAGCCAGUGCUCGACACCGUUGUCAGAUUACCCGAUAAAAGUUUGAUCCCUUAUUCCUCCAAUUACAAAUCUGCAGAAUCACCUGCGAGCAAGUUAGCAGAGAGAGUUAGAUCGCUGAAAGACUCAUAUCGGCCCGUGUCUUUGGCUACUCAGAUCCAACUUCGACCUGAUUCCUCGAGUGACGUUUUCCAAGAUGCCACACAUGAAUCCGAGAUAAGCGGUCUACCCGAUGUCAUGAGGACUCAGGCAGAAUUACAGAGUGAGGCGGACUCAGCAGGUGUCCUUCUGCGUACUUCAACAGCCAGAAAUUUCUUGCACAAUUAUCCCAACCUCUACGCUCCAAGCAGUAUGAUGGAUUGGAUUGAUUUCAUAGUAGAGUUGGAUGAAGCACUCUUCAAUGCAAGCACAAGAGUCCCAAAAACCCCCUAUACUCAGACAGAAGAAACUGAGAAUAAGGGGAUCGCGUGA